UUAAAUAAGAAUAGUGUUUACUGUCACUCUUUGUACUUAUUCAUGGCGCAGUCUACUCCACAAGUGGAACUGCCAAUCCCAGAAUCAAACAGGCAAAUAUCAGAAGAUGAUACAAAUGAGCAGAAGAAAAUUGGAAGAAAAUCAAAUAUAAACUAUGGAUGGUGGUGUAGAAUAUUUAUAUACAUCAUUUGCUUAAUUGGUGGGCAAUGUGCAGCUACACUUUUAGGAAGAUUUUACUAUGAUGAAGGUGGAAAUAGUAAAUGGAUGGCAGCAUUUGUUCAAUCAUCUGGUUUCCCAAUUUUGAUUCCUCUCUUCUUUUUCUUCAGAUCUCCCAAAAAAACCGAUUCUUCACCCCUCGAAAAGCCAUCAAAAUUCACCCUUUAUAUGAUCUAUAUAGCUUUUGGACUACUGUUAGCUGGUGACAAUUUGUUGUAUUCAUAUGGAAUGUUGUUUCUCCCUGUCUCAACAUUUUCCCUAAUUUCAGCGUCUCAAUUGCCCUUUAAUGCCCUGUUUUCCCUCGUGCUAAACGCGCAAAAAUUCACAGCUUUAAUACUCAACUCUGUUGUGGUUGUUACAAUCUCAGCUGCAUUACUAGCAGUUAACUCAGAAUCUGAAACUAGUGAGGAGUUUUCAGGUGGAAAAUACGCGAUUGGAUUCAUUUGCACGGUGGCUGCAUCAUCAGCUUACGCGUUAUACCUUUCUUUAUUAGAGUUAACAUUCAAGAAAGUAACUAAAAGUGAGUCAUUUGACACAGUAUUGAAAAUGCUGUUUUAUCCGUCCUUUGUUGCUAGUUGUUGUUGUGUUGUGGGGCUAUAUGUUAGCGGAGAAAUGAGUAUUUUGACAGCAGAGAUGAAUGGUUUUAGCAAAGGAGAAGUUUCGUAUUUGAUGACAUUGAUCUGGACUGCAAUUCUUUGGACAAUUGGUUGGAUUGGUAUGAUGGGAUUGAUCUCUGAAGUAUCUUCUUUGUUCUCAAAUGUUAUAGGUACUUUGGGUUUGCCUACUGUACCAGUACUUGCUGUGUUUUUCUUUCAUGAUAAAAUGGAUGGUGUAAAAAUCAUUUCUUUGUUACUUGCUGUUUGGGGAUUUCUUUCUUAUGUCUAUCAGAAUUAUCUUGAUGACUCCAAAGACAAAUCUACCAAAACUGAGGACAUUGAAGCUCCUAUUACUCAUUGA